AUGGAGUCCGCGACCCUGGGCCGCCGGCGCUGUCUGUGGCCGGUGCUGGCGGCGCUCGGGCUGUUGACGGCGGGCGUAUCAGCCUUGGAGGUACACACGCCAAAAGAAAUCUACGUGGCCAAUGGGACACGAGGGAAGCUGCCGUGCACGUUCAAGUCUGCGACCACCACCAGCAGGCUGACCACAGCCUCCUGGAGCUUCCAGCCGGAGGGAUCCCUCACCACCGUGUCGUUUUUCCACUACUCCGAAGGGCAAGUGUACAUCGGGGAUUACCCGCCACUCAAGGACAGGGUCACCUGGGCUGGAGACCUCCACAAGGAAGACGCAUCGAUCAACAUAGAAAAUAUGCAGUUUGUCCACAACGGCACCUACAUCUGUGAUGUCAAAAACCCUCCCGACAUCGUCGGCUACCCGGGGUACAUUCGCCUCUAUGUGGUAGACAAAGAGGUGUCGCCCAGGUUCCCGGUUUGGGCGGUGGUGGGGACAGUGACCGCUGUGGUUGUGGUUCUCACCCUCCUCGUCAGCAUGAUCCUGGCUGUCCUCUACAGCAGGAAAAGCUGGUAGCCGGGUUACACACAAGUCAGUCUGUGGUGUACGCGGACAUCCGGAAAAUGAAGAGAAGACCCAGACCAUAUCCUAAGCGAGAAACAAACUCAAACGGGACUCUUGUGCAGCAGUGUGGCCCACAGCACGUGUGGCCCGGGCACGGACAGGCACGGAGAGAUGUAAAGGAUACGUAUAAAUCUCCUAUUUAAUCUUCGGAUGGGAGGAGCAGUGGUGCAUGAUGAAAUGAUAGGAUUCUAAAAUAUGUAAAUUGUCUCGCUGUUUGUUUUUUUCUUUUUU